AUGACAGUGAACAUGAUUCGAUACUGUGCUGUGACUGUUAUUUUGUUAAUUAGCAAUUGUGAUGGGUUUAGGAGAGCUUUUGACCAUGAUCUGUAUAAAAAUGUUUUGGAUCCUGAAAUAUGCCAGAAGCAGCUGGACAUAUUAUCAAACACCAAUCUUGGUUUACUAUUUCUGGACGCCAGUGGGAAAAUUCCCAAUGGUAUAGCGUCAUCAAACUUGAACGACCUCGGUGACUAUUACCAGUGUCUAGGCAUUGAUACUCAUGUCAAUGGUACAAAUAUAAAAGGUAAAUACAGUGCUGUAUUGAUACCUCUCAAUCAAGAAAUACAAAUACCACAGCUCCCACCAAUACCGGAAAUUCCGGAAUUACCAGAAAUACCAGGACUGCCAAAUAUUACUUUGCCACCGCUACCCACCGAACUGAUAAAAAACCAUCAAGACUAUUCCAAUCUACAGAGAUGGGCUCAAAUUAUGGCUGUAGGCGAUGACAGAGUUGUUGUUGAAAAACAGGAUGUCAACACGAGGAUAUUUCCCAUGUUUAUCGCAGCUCAAGGCCGAGCGAUGUUGGGCAUUUGCGUUCCUAGAGUGUGUACAUCGACAGAAACCGUCAAUUACUUCCAAAGUCGGAUUCCAUUCCUCAACUUCACCUUCAUUGAACAUUAUUAUCGUCUGCCAGAUGACCGACCGUUUGCACCAGCUGAUUAUGUUGCAUUUGUGAUAUUUUCUAUAAUUGGAGUCCUGACUAUCUCCAGCACCAGUUAUGAUUUAUAUAAUGUUUUUGGAGUCAAAAGGCGUCCGAAUAAAAUGUUCACUAGCUUCUCAGUAUUUACAAACACGAAACGCUUCCUGACUUUCAAUAGUAGUCCCGGUGCCUUGGAGUGUGUUGAUGGCAUACGGGCGAUAUCAAUGAUGUGGGUCGUCGUCGGGCAUACCUAUUCAAUGACCUUGCUAGGUUUUGUACACAACAUACAAGAAGUCCUCGGGUGGAUGAGAUUAUUCACAAGUACUUGGGUCAAUUCUGCACCAUUGACAGUAGACACAUUCUUCUUACUGAGUGGCAUCCUGGCAGUUUAUAGCACUAUCGGGAAAAUAGGCAAAAGACGUUUUGUGAGAACCGUUCACCUGUUCUACAUCAACCGUCUCUUACGUAUGUUUCCUCUCCUCGCUAUCGUCAUACUGCUCCAGGCAUCUGUUUUCAACUACGUGUCUGACGGUCCCUUCUGGCAGAACAUGGCUCAUGCAACUGAAAAUUGCAGGCGAUAUUGGUGGUCCGCUUUACUUUAUGUUCAAAAUUAUGUAAAUCCUCUUGAAACAUGCUUAGCGCAUACUUGGUACCUCUCUGUUGAUACUCAACUAUAUAUAUUUUCACCGCUGAUAUUGUUUUGGUUGUUUGGGUCACGAAAAUUUGCGUGGGCUGCUCUCUGCUGUAUUCUACUACUGUCAUUAGUAUCAUCUUCCGCGUACAGCUUCAUUCAUGAUUUUAGCGCUGCUCUUGUCCAGCCCAACCGGAUAGCAGAGUUUGCUGAUUACAUGCAAACAUACUACAUAAAUACAUUAGCUCGAGCUCCGCCAUUUUUCGUUGGAAUGAUUUACGGGUACAUUCUUCACCUAUAUCGCGGGAAGAAAGUCAAAAUUUCAAGGGGAGUAGUCACCGCUUUAUUUUGCAUGGCGUUUGCCCUGAUGUCUUUCUGCGUUUUCUCGAUUUAUCCAGUGAUGCAACUCGACUGGACUUACCAAACUUUUGACAACUUCUUAAACGCCUACAUGAGGUCAUUGUGGUCUCUUAGUCUCGGAUGGAUUAUUUUCGCUUGUGUCCAUGGAUAUGGAGGUCCUGUGAAUUGGUUUCUAUCAUUAAGCAUGUGGAAAUUACCAGCUCGUUUGUCUUAUGCUAUGUAUCUUAUCCAUUUACCUAUUAUAAUGAUAGCAAAUAGUAGCUGGACGCAAACCUACUUCUUCAGGAACGGUCAUGUUCUGUACCGAUUCGUGUCUGACCUGACGUUGACCUUCAUCGCUGCCUUCAUUUUGUGCAUCCUGAUUGAUGCGCCCUUCUCCACAUUGCAGAAACUUCUAAUGGGUGGAGGUAGAGCGAGGCCGCAAGCUAAUAACAUGAAACCAGAAUCUCAGCCGAGCAUCGUAGAGAAAACGACCCUCUAA